CACCGGCGGACACUCCUUUAAAGAAAACCGGAAGCUCUGUGAUGAGGAAGAAGUCGUUAGCAACCUAGCUGCCAACGAGGACUUAAAACUUUUCUCUACACUCAGACUACAGUCCGUCGGAAACGUGAACAUGUCGGGAUCAUCCAGCAUCGUAGCGAUGAAGAAAGUCGUCCAGCAGUUACGCUUUGAAGCCAGCUUAAACAGGGUCAAGGUGUCCCAGGCCGCAGCGGACCUGCAGCAGUUUUGCCUCCAGCACGCCCAGCAGGACCCUCUGCUCACCGGCAUGUCGUCCAGCAACAACCCGUUCAGACCGCAGAAAGUCUGCUCCUUCCUAUAGCACCGAGCGACCCUCUGCCUCCGUUUUGGACAUGUGUGCCUUGUGGAAUCUGGCUGCAGGACCUGUGCUGUGGACUGGAAUUGUCUCAGGAGAGUUUGGAAAUUUGGGGACAAGAAACUAACUUAAAAGUGUUUUUUUUUACUUUUGUCUUUUGUGAAAUCUCACAUGGAAACAUUUCCAGGUGCUUAUGUGAUGCAGUAAAUGUCUUAAUUUUAUUGCUUAGCCGGAACUAACCCAACAUCAGCAUGCACAUAUGUGCCUUUUGAACAUUGUACAUUUUUUUUUCAUGCCUGAUUUUAAGAAUAAAUAAAUGGUAUUUCCACAUUUUAAACUUGCAGCUACAAGUUUUAUUAAAACAAGUAUAUACACUUUUA